AUGUUUGGAAGUGUGUUUACCAUAGCUCUUUUUGCAGGCUACACAAUGGGAGAAGGUAUCCAUGGACAAGACAUCCAGGUACUUGACAGGCUUAAGAUUGUACCAAGCCCGUCUAUGAUCGGGAUGCUGAAGGACAUGAAAAGCAUUUUUUCGUAUGUGUCUGAAGAUGAAAAGUUUGAGGGAGAGGGUGUUGAGAUAAAGCAUGACGGGCGAAUGUUUGUGGUUCCAAAGGCCGAGGAUGUUGAAGGUGCAGUGGAUGUUCUGAGGAAAUAUCCUGCACCGACCGAAGAGAUAGUUAAGGUCAUGAAGUCUGGUAGUGGCGGUCUGAACAGUAAGCAGGGGAACUUCAUCGUAUAUUUUCUGGACGGAUCUGGAUAUAAGGCAGAUCUCCGGAGUAAUAUGGAGGGCUCUAGUGCCUUUAUAUCUACAGACCUGUCUCUUGCAUCUGAGUUGGAAGUUCCGGUUCCAGGGAUAUAUGGGCAUAAUGCAAGCGAUGACCUGUCCUACAAGCUAUCUUUCAGUAACGAAAGCACCAAGAAAAUUCUUUCUCUAUCGAAUCUUCCGGUCUUUGGAUUUACCUCAGCAGCCAACAUCUCGUUGUACAGGUCGUUUGAUGGAACCAUCUUUUACAUUUUCUUCGACACUAACCGUGGGGAGGAUAUCAUGAAAGAGUAUUCUGGGUCUUUGGACAGCUUCAGAAGCGAUGUAAGGGUGAUAUUAAUUCCGAGUCUGAAGGGUAAUAUUGAUAUUGGCGAGUAUGGGCUGGCAGAGGAGAACCUCCCUGGGUGUGUAUCGAUUAGCGAAGAUGGAGGAAAGUAUGUCCUGAAGAAUGCGAACAGAGAAAGCCUCGUCGGGUUUGUUAGGGAUGUGCUAGACAAGAAGGCCGAGAUAUUUUACAAGUCGCAGGAAGAGCCUGAAGACAACAGUAGCAGGAAUGUGAAGGUUGUUACCAGGAACAACAUCAAGUCGCAUCUCGAGGAUGUUGGAAAAGACCGGCUUAUUGUGUUCGGAACGGAGAGAUGUCCACACUGCAUCCGGGUCAAGCCCAUAGUGGAGAAACUGGGGGAGAUUGCAAAAGACAAUGCGGAUGGAAAGGUACUUGUUGGAUACUGCGAUGUUGACUUAAAUGACAUCACCGACCUUGAGAUCCGCUUUGUUCCGACUCUUUUACUUUUCAAGGCUGGAGGAAAGGAAAGUGUCCAGUACUCUGGCGGAGAAAGGAAUCUUCAAAACCUGAUUAGCUUCAUCCGCGAAUCUGGAGGACUGGGGAUUGAUCUAUCUAAGUUUGUACCAGCUGAGCCUGAGCAAAGAAGAUUUGAGGCAGGUGAUGAUGCUAAAGGGCCAAGAGAGGACGAUGUAAGAGCAGAGCUCUGA